AUGGAUGGCUAUGUCAUCCCAGUGGUUGCUUUGUUGGCCUUUCUCCUUCGCAAAGUGCCUAGAAGUGAAGAGCUAGCCAAUGCAUUGCAGACACUACUGGAAGGAUUGCAGGGCAGGGCCAAUCAAGAUCAAGGGGGUAUGUUCAAGGAACCCAAGGACAUCACCAAUACCAUUGCCAAGUUUACAUACUGCAUGUGCUUGACAUUCCUCAUGGAGAUCCAGAACUGUGCUGCAUCCACUGACCCAGAGGAUCAGCACAAAGCAUGUGACAGCCUUCUGCCUUGGUUCACCAAAAAAACACUUUCAACAUUUGCUUGUCUUUGCUCCCUCCAACAUCAUGCCAGUGCCAUCUCCUAUGACACUAUGGGCCUGCCAAAGAUUUGGUGGAAGGAUACUGAAAACUGGACAUCCAUGCUGUUCAAAGGUGAAGAGAUCCAGUUUGGGGAUCUGUGCUCAAUGUUUGCAGACACAGAGGCAAGGCUUGUGGAGCUAUGGGAACAAUGUGUCCUCAAUGGCACUGCACAACUCAUUGAUGAGUUGUGCAUAGUGGAUGACCUCACCAACAGAGAGGUGGGGUAUUCCUUUGUUGCAGAUCCCAGGAACACUGCAUUCAAGUGCAAGGUACAACUCAUCCAAGCUGCAUUGGCAGGUGAAGGAGGGUUUGCUCACUAUGCCACAGUCUUGGCUGAUGGCAAGGCACAAUGGAACAAGAGGGCACUAAGGACAUGGCUUCAGGACUAUGCAGAGAUGGGAGCACUGUUGCUGUUGCGAGCAGAAAUGCUGAGUGGAGCCCCAGGUCAGGGCACAGAGCUGACUGCCAUGACAUAUUGCAACACAAAGACAUGGCCCACCUGCAACCUGGUCAUGCUUGGCAACCAUCUCACCAUUCUGUACCAGUACAUGAAGAUGACUGCUCUCACUGGAUGA